AACAAAUGCCUUUAGCAAGGCCCAAAAAAUAUUUAAAAAUGGAUGCUAAAAAUUCCAUGUAUACAUUGAGUGUUCACUUUAAUAAUUUCUACUAGUAAUAAAUUAGUUGAACUUGUGCCACUAAGAUUAUUUUCCUAAUAUAGUCUUCAUUGAAGAUAGUGAAGUUGGUCACUUUAAAGCCCUUUCUUCUUCUCUCUAGUGACAUUGGAUCUCUAGACCCUUUAUGGUACUUUUGAAUGUUUUGACAUUUUGCUUAGUCUAUCAUUUUUCCUUCCUUCAACAAACCCCAAAAGGUAGUAACCCUUUACAAAAGCCUAGGAUCAUAGCACAACACAAUAAUCAUUAGUGUAUUAGUCAAAAACAAAAGCCUCAUUAGUCAAAAGCUUCAUUCUUUACUCUAAUGGGUUUGGUUUGGUUUGGUUUGGUUUUUUUGUUGUUGGAUAGUGCCAUUAACGGUUCUGUUUAAGUUUUAAGCAUUACUUGCUGAAAAAAGUAAACUUUUUUCUAUGGUGAAAUGCAACAAGAGUACAAGACAAGUCAACUGAAGUGAAGAUUCUAGCUAAGAAAGUGUUUCUUUUUAUCUUCCUAGGAAUGGGGCUUGAAGGUUUGAUUCCAAGGCACAACCGUUCUAAGAGCUUUCCUGAUAAGAAAACAGUAAAGGAGGAUAGUUCAAAUAGCUUUGAGGUUUCAGAUCAAACAAAGCUGAAUGCAGGUUACCUCACUGAAUGCAGUGAAGCUCGAAAAAAACAAACCCCUAUGAAUAAUGUUCGACAUAAUCUGAAGCAAGAGAUUCUACAAUUGGAGAAACGACUAGAAGACCAAUUUAAAGUCAGAUGCACGCUAGAAAAGGCACUUGGAUACAGACCUAUAUCUCUUGUUAAUCCAAAUGACAUGACAAUACCUAAGCCAACCACAGAUUUAAUCAAAGAAAUUGCAGUUUUGGAGUUAGAAGUUGUAUAUUUGGAACAGUAUCUUCUCUCCUUGUACCGUAAAGCAUUUGAACUACAACUAUCCCCCGCCACGGUUCCAUCUACCGUGGAGGAAAGCGAAAAGACUCCUUCUCUAACAACAUCUAGAGCAAGAUACCUUGAAGUUUCUUCACCUGAGGUCGUAACCAAAAGAGGAUUUUCAUCUGUACAAUGUAUUGAUCAUGAGCUUAAUACUCCUCAAAAGGAAUGUAAUGGAUACGAACUCGAGACUCCGGAUAAAGAAUACAUUGUACAUCAUCCAGAAGAAAAUAAUUUAGACUCCAGUGUGCAUCGCUGUCACUCCUCGUUAUCCCAAUAUUCAGCAUUUACAGAAAAAGUAUCUCCUCCAGAAGAAGCGUCGACCGAUUCUCUACGUGCGUGUUAUUCUCAACCCUUGUCCAUGUUGGAGUAUGCCGAAAGUGUUGAUGCUUCAACAAAAAUAAUCAGUCUAGCAGAACAUCUCGGUACUCGAAUAUUUGAUCAUAUUCCAGAAACAGCUAAUAGGCUUUCCGAGGAUAUGGUUAAAUGUAUAUCAGCUAUAUAUUACAAACUUGCAGACCCACCUGUAACAAAUCCUGGCCUUUCAUCUCCCAGUACUUCAACAAGUGCGUUUUCUAUUGGAGAUCAAGGCGACAUGUGGAGUCCAGGGUUCAGAAAUAACUCAUCUUUUGAUGUACAGUUAGACAAUCCUUUUUUGGUUGAAGGAUUCAAGGAGUUUAGUGGCCCUUAUAGCACGAUGGUUGAGGUAUCAUGGAUUUAUAAUGAGAAUCAGAAAUUGAGUGAUACAGUGCAGUUGCUUCAGACUUACAGAUCACUUAUUUGUCAAUUAGAAGAAGUAGAUCCGGGGAAGUUGAAACACGAGGAAAAGUUAGCUUUCUGGAUCAACGUACACAAUGCUUUAGUGAUGCAUGCUUUUUUGGCUUAUGGAAUUCCACAAAACAAUGUGAAAAGAGUCUUUCUUCUUUUGAAGGCUGCAUAUAAUGUUGGAGGUCAUACAGUCAGUGCAGACACAAUACAAAAUACUAUACUAGGUUGCCGAAUGUCUCGUCCUGGACAGUGGUUCCGUGUGUUCUUUUCUUCGAGGACAAAAUUCAAGUCUGGAGAUGGCCGACAAGCAUAUGCAAUCAAACAGCCCGAGCCUCUUUUGCACUUCGCACUUUGUUCCGGAAACCACUCUGAUCCAGCGAUACGUGUAUAUACACCGAGGAGAGUGUUUCAAGAACUAGAGAUUGCCAAGGAAGAGUACAUUAGAGCAAGCUUUGGGAUACGCAAGGACCGGAAAAUACUUCUACCUAAGAUUGUAGAUUCAUUCUCCAAGGAUGCAGGUUUAUCCCAUGCCAGUCUUAUAGAGAUGAUCCAACAGUCUCUACCGGAAUCCCUGAAAAAGAGGGUUAAGAAAUCUCAUCUUGCGAAAUCCGGAAAGAGCAUAGAAUGGAUUCCACACAACUUCGCUUUUCGAUAUCUCAUACCUAAGGAGCUGGUAAAAUAAUUACUUGGUAGCUUUAUGAGAGACCAUAUGCAAAUGUUUGGUUAAUUGUUAUGUAUUCUUUAGGGAUUUGCAUUUAGUGCAGUAACUGUGUCACGCAGUUUUCGAUCUCGACUGUCUAAUCUCAAAUUAACAGUUGAGAUCGUUUUAAUUUUAAACUGAUUUUGUUUUUUUGAAGUCUGAACUGUCUAAUCACAAAUUAACGGCCGAGAUCGAAAACUGCGUGUACGUAACUGCGUCUAUUGUUUACUGCAGCAGAUCCUAGUCCUUUUGUACAAAAUUGACAGUGUAGCAUCAACUGAUGAAUCUAAUAUUGCAAUAUGUAGUAGCAUUUGCAUA